AAUGCACCAAUUGAAGAAAUAUAAAAAUAAUGGAAUUUGAGUUUCAAUCUUGUGAUGGCGUAGCGUGACCUCAAACAUAUCUUCAAUUGACAAAAUCUUAACCCAACCAUUAAGGUUGUUUCUUGAUUUCUCCAACCUCGUUUUCGUGCUUCCUUAAUAACAGGAAUAAACAAAACAAAAACUCAAAUUGCAUGUACUACUUGACCCUUCUUUUUCUUCCUCAAUUCUUCAACCCUAUACGAUUUUCCACAAAAAAUCGAAUUUUGCAAUUACCCAUUUGAAAAUUUAUUAAAUGUUCAGAGUUUUUUAGUUUUUGUAGUGUUGGAAAAGAAGGAAAAUGUGGGGGUUUGGUGGGAGAUAUUAUUGGGGAAGAAGAAAGGUAGAUUGUGAGAAAGCGAAUGGGAUAGUUGUUGUGUUUGCAUGGAUGUCAAGUGAGGAAAAGCAUUUGAUGAGAUAUGUCGAUCUAUACUCUUCUCUUGGUUGGAAUUCACUCAUUUGCCAUUCUCAAUUUCUUAAUAUGUUCUUCCCUGAUAAAGCCACAAUUCCUGCAGUUGAUAUUCUAAAUGAAUUAGUUGAGGUGCUGAAAAUUAGGCGUUGUCCCAUUGUCUUUGCAUCUUUUUCUGGUGGUGCAAAAGCUUGUAUGUUAAAGGUUCUUCAGAUAAUUGGUGGGGAGUGUGAAACACAUAAUAUGGAUGAUUAUCAGCUUGUUAGAGACUGUAUUUCUGGCUACAUUUAUGAUUCCAGUCCAGUUGAUUUUACUAGUGACUUGGGUGUUCGAUUUGUUCUACACCCAUCUGUUUUAAAAGUGUCACAUCCACCAAGAUUUGCUUCAUGGAUUGCCAAUGGCAUAGCAUCUGGUCUUGAUUCCCUUUUCCUCAACAGAUUUGAAUCGCAGCGUGCAGAUUAUUGGCGAACACUUUACUCCACCACUAGUAUGCAGGUCCCGUAUCUCAUUUUUUGUUCAGAAAAUGAUGAUCUUGCACCUUUUGAAGUUGUUUCAAAUUUUUUCCAUCGACUAAAAGACCUUGGUGGAGAUGUCAAACUGGUAAAGUGGAGUUCCUCUCCUCAUGUAGGUCAUUUUCGUCAUCAUCCGGAUGAAUAUGAAGCUGCUAUCACCGAAAUCCUUGGCAAGGCAGUUGCAAUUUACCGCCACAAAAACAGAAGAUUUGAAGACGAGAAACUGGGCAUAGAGGGAACAAGAGAUGAGAUCACUGAUCCGUUCUCUGAGCUGAGGAAAGCAGCAACAACCUCAACUAGUUUCCAGGGUUUUGCUGUUGCUCCGAGUGAGAAUUUGUCUCCUAGUUCAAUGGAGUAUUAUGAUGAUAAAGAUGUUGGCUCCGUAGCAGAUGAACGAAAAGGAAGUUUUAUUCAUCUUCCCACCCGUCCGAGCAUCAACGCAAAUGGGGUUCUUGGUCAAAUAUUAUUCGAUGUUUGUGUCCCCAAGACAGUCGAGGAUUGGGAUGUUAGGUCGAAUUCCAAAAAUGCAGGACUAUUAUCUGGUACAAGGAGGCACGCUCCUUUCAAUCCUAUAAAAUGCAUCCGACGCUCAAGGUUGUAACAUUGUUGAAUGUUGACAUACAAGUUUGAAAUCUGAUGUAGUAGAACCUGAAAUAAGAGUCCGAACGACUUGUAAAUCCCCUCUCAGCUGUCUUUUUAAUUACUGGAGUAAUGUGAUUGAGAGAAGCUGGUCAUUUCCUGCGUGAAUUGUACAGUUACUUCAACGGAGAUAAAGUAUAUUUUAUGUUGUGACUAAGAUCACUGUAACAGGAAUAUAUAUGUUCUAUGUAUGAUGAGAGAAUAUUGAAAAAUACAAGAUUAUAUGAAUUAAGACGAAAAGAUAGACAAAAUUCACUGUUAUUAAUAUUAAGUUAAACACAUGUAUUUUUCGUUA